CUGAGGAAGAAUCAGUUUAAAUUUCACUUCAGUGGAUUACGUUUCUGCUGAGAAGCGACACUAUCGAGUUCGGAGAGAUAUUCCUGUCCUUUAUUGUUCCUCCUAAACCUCUGGAGUUCUCCGACAGCAUGGACGGUGCGCUGGACCGGCUGGAUGCUGCAGGUUUCUUACAGAUCUGGCAACACUUCGACAAAGAUGAUGACGGCUACAUCGAAGGGAAGGAGCUGGAUGCGUUCUUUAAACUCGUGUCACAAAAACUUGGGAUGAAGAAGGAGGAGAUGGCUGAGGAGAAAAUCAGAGGAAUCAGACAAAGACUUGCAUCCUCCUAUGAUACUGCUGCAAAUAGACGUCUUCACAUUCAAGAGUUGGCCUCACUGAUGCUGCCUGAGGAGGAGAACUUCCUACUUCUGUUCCGCCGAGAAACUCCGCUGGACAACAGUGUGGAGUUCAUGAGGAUCUGGAGAGAAUAUGAUGAAGACAGCAGCGGCUACAUCUCAGCCAAUGAGCUUAAGGGUUUCCUCAGAGACUUGUUCUUCCAGCACAGGAAGUCCGUCAGCCCUGGAAAACUGGAGGAGUACACAGAAACCAUGAUGAAGAUGUUUGACAAAAACAGAGACGGCAGACUGGAUUUAAAUGACUUGGCCAGAAUUUUGUCUCUGAAAGAAAACUUCUUACUGAAAUUUAAGAUGGAUGCUUGCAGUCUGGAGGACAGGAAGAGGGACUUUGAGAAGAUAUUUGCUCACUAUGAUGUUAGUAAGACGGGCGCUUUGGAAGGUCCUGAGGUGGACGGAUUUGUCAAAGAUAUGAUGGAGUUGGUGAAGCCCAGCAUCAGUGGAACAGAACUGGACAAGUUCAGGAAGUCGUUGAUGGGUCACUGUGACAUCAAUAAAGACGGAAAAAUCCAGAAGAACGAGCUGGCGCUGUGUCUCGGCCUGAAACUCAGCUAGUGGACCCAGAGAACAUUUAUAAAAGAGGCUUCUUUUUUCAACAUUUCUCCUGUCUCCACGUUUGUCCUGAUUUAUUCCGCCUGUCCGCCUG